UCAUCUCCCCCCCGCCCAAAAAGAGAGGUUUCCUCAGGGGCGUUUUUGCGGCGGGGUGUGUGUGACAGGAGAGUCGCGCCUCCCUCAGUGGGGAGGCUGAGACCGGCCCCUCUUCCCGAGUAGAAACCCCGGAGCGGCCCUCGGGCAUGCCCGGGCCCUUCUACAGAGCUCGGCCUGGCCGGUUGGUGCCGUGCUCGGACUCCCACGCCUGUCCCGGCCUGGGGCGGCCCUGCCGCAGUGCGCAUGAGCGGGUCGGCGGCGGAAGGCAGGGCCCGCGAGGAGGAGCCCCGGGAGCCGCCGCUGCCACCAUCACCAUCGUUUCUCCUCCUCCUUAGUGUCCGCCUGAGCCGGCCCGGGAGGGGAGAGAGGCCCGCGCGCAGCCCCCACCAUGAACAAGUUGAAGUCAUCACAGAAAGAUAAAGUUCGGCAGUUUAUGAUCUUCACACAGUCCAGUGAAAAGACCGCAGUGAAUUGCCUCUCUCAGAAUGACUGGAAGCUAGAUGUUGCAACGGAUAACUUUUUCCAAAAUCCUGAACUGUAUAUACGAGAAAAUGUUAAAGGAGCAUUGGACAGAAAGAAGUUAGAACAGCUAUAUAAUAGGUAUAAAGAUCCUCAAGAUGAGAAUAAAAUUGGCAUAGAUGGUAUACAGCAAUUUUGUGAUGACCUUGCGCUUGACCCUGCCAGUAUUAGCGUGUUGAUCAUUGCCUGGAAGUUCAGAGCUGCGACACAGUGUGAAUUCUUAAAGAUGGAAUUCAUGGAUGGGAUGACAGAACUAGGAUGUGACAGCAUAGAAAAACUAAAGGCCCAGCUUCCUAAAAUGGAACAAGAACUGAAAGAGCCUGGAAGAUUUAAGGAUUUUUAUCAGUUUACCUUCAAUUUUGCAAAGAAUCCAGGACAGAAAGGUUUAGACUUAGAAAUGGCCAUCGCCUACUGGAAUUUAGUACUUCAUGGAAGAUUUAAAUUCCUAGACUUAUGGAACAAAUUUUUAUUGGAACAUCAUAAAAGAUCUAUACCAAAGGACACUUGGAACCUCCUUUUAGACUUCAGUGCGAUGAUAGCGGAUGAUAUGUCAAAUUAUGACGAGGAAGGGGCAUGGCCUGUUCUUAUUGAUGACUUCGUGGAAUUUGCACGUCCUCAAAUUGCUGGAAUAAAAAGUACGACAGUGUAGUGCUAAAUGAACUUUCUAGAAUGUACAUAGUCUGUACAAAAUAAACACAAUGGGGGAAAAUUGCACAGUCGAUUUCUGCUGACUGACUGAACUAGACUGAAGACCAAUCCUCAAGAAAUAAAGACUGAGGGUUGUGGCAAACCUUUAAGGAUCUACCUUGGACCCUGUCAGACGUUUGGGCUUCUCUCCUAGCCUGGGCCAGCUUUGCCCAUUUGAAAACUCCAGCAUUGUGGAUAUCUUUUUUCUCUUUUUUUAACUGGAGCACCCUCACCCUUUCCAUAAAUCUUAAGUGUUUUUGGAUAUUUUUUUUUUAUUUCUUGUUCCUCCCAAGGCACAUGCUGUCUUCACCAAGCAAACUCUUUUGGCGUGAUAAUUUCACAGAUCAGCAUUGCAAUCUGUUUGUUUUAUUUAAAGAAAAGAAAAAAUCUUCAAGUAGCAUACCUUUGGGCUGGCUGCAAAGACUAUGCUGAGAAAUAUCCUAAAAGAGUGAUAUGUAGAAUUUGGUUUUGUAUGGUCUUAUUUACAGCUAUUGGCAAUGUGAGUGGCAAGGGGUUUCUUGGCUUUCUUUUAAAGCAAAAGUUGAAAUACGCCAACAAAGGCAUGGAUUUUUCUCCCACCUCUCAAUAUCAGGCUGCCCAGCUAUGUAGCUGCUUGACUAAAGUUUUGAUGUGUCAUAACGAUGAGUGCUGUUGAAAUGCAGUACAGAUACAGGACCCAUAUCUUAAGAAUCUAGUCAGAAACACUGGGUGCCUAAUGUUGAAGCCUGAAUCCUCCUUUAGGGCCCUGAUCCUCAGUAGCUGGGCAAUGUAAAGCUUGCUGAGUAUCUGCCUCUCAUUUUUCUUGCUAUUGUGCCCCCUCCCCCCAAAAUACUCAGUGGCCUUCCGGGUCUGCCAGCACUCCAGCCUUGGCCACUGUGUUUCUUCAGAAUGCCACACUAGUAAUAUCCUGGAGCAACAAGCUAGACCUGGAAUGCCUGUGGCCAUCUGAACUAGGGACAGGUAACCUGUCUUGCAACUGAGUUGGGUGGCACUGUUCUAGGGCAGGGGUGGCCAGCUUCUUCAGGGAAUUGGGGCAUUUCUCAUUACCCUCAAUCCUUGGGGCUAGUUGGUAUGUCCAACAUCAUUUGCAUAACUCCACUCUCUUUGUCCAGUUUCCUUGUUAUGCUGACUGGUUCAAAGUGGGCAGAGCUAGGGUGACAGUAUCAUGAGCCAUGUUCUUCCUGAUUUCCAAGAGGGGUGAGAUUUACAGAAUGAAGACCAGCAGGAUUAAUCCUUGCUCACAACUGCUCUUGGAGUAACCCAAUAAAAAUUUUGUAGUUCUGAAA